GACCCCCUUUUUUUCUUUUUUCUUGCGGGAAGAUGGGUUGUUUGGGCAACAGUAAGACCGAAGACCAGAGAAAUGAGGAGAAGGCACAAAGAGAAGCAAACAAAAAGAUAGAGAAGCAGCUCCAAAAAGACAAGCAGAUAUACAGAGCAACACACAGACUACUACUUUUAGGAGCUGGAGAGUCAGGAAAGAGCACCAUAGUGAAACAGAUGAGGAUCCUACAUGUUAACGGCUUCAAUGCGGAAGAGAAGAAGCAGAAAAUUCAUGACAUCAAGAAUAAUAUUAAAGAGGCUAUUGAGACGAUAGUAACAGCGAUGAGCACCCUGGCACCGCCAGUGCAGUUGGCAUGCCCACAGAACCAGUACCGGAUUGAAUACAUCCUCAACCUCGUCAGCCAAAAGGACUUUGAGUUUCCAUCUGAGUUUUACGACCAUGCGAAGACACUGUGGCAGGAUGAGGGGGUCCGGGCGUGCUACGAGAGAUCCAAUGAGUACCAGCUAAUCGACUGUGCACAAUACUUUCUAGACAAGAUCGACAUUGUGAAACAGAGUGACUACACUCCAACAGAUCAGGAUUUGCUGCGGUGCAGAGUUCUGACUUCAGGAAUCUUUGAGACAAGAUUCCAGGUGGACAAAGUUAAUUUCCAUAUGUUUGAUGUUGGCGGUCAAAGAGACGAACGUCGGAAAUGGAUUCAAUGCUUUAACGAUGUAACGGCCAUCAUCUUUGUAGUGGCCAGUAGCAGUUACAACAUGGUGAUCAGAGAGGACAAUCAGACCAACCGUUUACAGGAGGCCCUCAACCUCUUCAAGAACAUCUGGAACAACAGGUGGCUGCGGACCAUUUCUGUCAUCUUGUUCCUAAAUAAACAGGACCUGCUGGCCGAGAAGGUGUUGGCAGGGAAGUCCAAAAUCGAGGAAUACUUUCCUGAAUUUGCUCGUUACACCACACCUGACGAUGCGACACCAGAGCCUGGAGAAGAUCCACGUGUCACAAGGGCAAAGUACUUCAUAAGAGAUGAAUUCCUGAGGAUCAGCACAGCAAGCGGGGACGGCAGGCACUACUGUUACCCCCACUUCACCUGCGCUGUCGACACGGAAAACAUCCGCCGUGUCUUCAACGACUGUCGAGACAUCAUCCAGCGGAUGCACCUGCGGCAGUAUGAGCUGUUGUGAUGGGAGAAGAAAAGUGUUCGGCCAAAACCACAUUGGACUAUGAAAAACAUCCCUGAAGUCUCUGAACUCCCCUCUUCCACAGAAGUGUGUGAGCUCUUGAGAAGGAACAGGGGCCAAAAUGCACGCACACAGACACACAUGAACACACACACACACAGUAAACAGACCCUAAACCCAGAACUUCCCCUGAUGCAAACUCCCAACCUGCAGUAGACAGAGCUAUUUUGGUGGAAGGGUUUUAUGGCUAUCACAAAAAUGGACUCCGAUCUCCACCUUCGGCCAUACUCCCAGCUCCACAUCAUAUAUCAUCCCCAUACACGUUACGCUCACCCUCCUAGAGACUCUGAGUGGCCCAGUCUGGACUGUAUUUCCUGUAGUGAGGAGGGUUUGAACCGUUCAGAUUGUGAGAUUUCCCUCUUGUCGAGGUCGGGAUGAAAACUGAGCGAGCUACUACUUCAGUGCAACUGGGAAAGAGAUAACUGUUGAAUUACUGCAAAUAGAGAACAAACAUGUCGCAACAGAUCAGCUGAACACUGUAUCUAACAAAAAAAGGCACUGUGCUCAGGACAAACCGUGUAUACCAAUCCUUCCUAUCACUUACACACAUCCAUGAAUCCAACCACAGGAUCUGCUUGCACACAGAAACGUAUCACACCUGCUUUUUACUGGACUGCAUAACCGGGUUGGAUCCGGAAACAUACUGAUCUGCUGACGAGCGGCAGGCUGGUUGAGCUGUCAGCUGAUUUUUCCGGCACAGUGCUUUGAGAUUAAACAGACUGCGCACCCGAGCCCUGAGGAGCAGUGUUAGCACAGACUAAACGGACCAGGGGUGUGUUGUGAUAAGUCAGGCCGCAGGGGGGCAGAGGCUCGCUUAAAAAGGACAGAGCUGACUCCGAUGUGAAUUUCUCUGAUGGAGUCAUGUUUGACAGAGACGACGAUGACAGCCCCUCGACUUCUCCACACUUGACUUGCCUUGUUGGUGUCGGAGAAAAAAAUGCGAGGAGGAUACAUUGAGUUUAAAACAAAAAGAAACAAAAAAAAGCCAACUUUUAUGGAACUUAACUAAAUGGAGGGCAAAAAGCAUCCUUCUACAGUACCAUAUAAGUUAAAGAGAACUCUCAUCUUGUCAUGAUUGACCCUGUUUUACUGUCUCCACAGCUGUUUUUGUCUGUGUGGACUUUUGUGCCAUUGUGCCCUGUGCGCUCUCUUUCUUUAUCUUUACUCUCUCUGUCUCUGUCACUCUUGCCUUUUUUUCCCACCCCCGUUCUUUCUCCUCUGAUGCGUUUUCUCUCCACCUUGACAUUUCUUCCCUCCCUCCCAUCUGCACUUUUACCUCCCUGGCAACAGAAAAUAAAAUAUAAUACUCCUGGAAUAUAAAAAGAUGACAACAACAAACAGGACACUAAUGGUUUUUUUUUUAAUCCAUGGUCAAACAGCCUGCUUGCACCUCCCUGCCAUUCCUCCCUCUGUCACUCCUCCUGUCUCUCCUCCUCCCUCCCUGACCUCUUGCUCCUUUGUACGUCUGUCUUUACAUUACUGCUGAACUAUUAUUCUUGUACAGACUGUAAAAUGUAUUAUUUUGUACAACUUUAUUGAAAAAAAUAACUUUUAGAAGAUCCCUGUGCCUUGAUCACGACUGUACGUGUGUAAUGAGCUAAAGUGGGUGUCAUACUGCGCUGUAUAGCUUGGCCAAUCCCCUCCUAACUCCCAGCCUCCUUUGCCACUUUCUUCUCUGUCUCUUUCUUUAUCCCUCUCUCUAUCUCUCACUAUCACUUUCUCUUCACUGUCUCCUGUCUCUCCUCGGGGACGGAGGACAACCAUUUGUAGCUUUUGUAGUUUUAUUUCUCUCCCCUAUCCUCCCCAUUCUCUCUUUAUGAUUUAAAUGUCUAUUUUUGAAUCCAUAUACCCCAAAAAGAUAAAUAUAUGAAAUGUAUAUGGGUUUUAAAAAAAAGUAUUUUAUUAGAAUCAAAUGAACCUUGACAAAUUGUACACUUGAUAGUGUGCGUAUUGCUAUAACUUAAAUCCUUUCAACUGAAGUUGUGUUCAGGUUUCUUUUGUUUUCCCCCAUUGACAUCUGCAAAGGACAUUUCAAGGGUUAAAGCAUUGCUUGUUUCUACACAAAUCUUAUUCUUUUGCUAAAAAAAAGGCCAAAAAAAGACAAAAAAGAAAUUAAUUUCUGUUUAUUUUCUGAUAAGGGAGGGGGGUCCUCCUUCCCAGCCUUGCACAGCAGAGGCGGCCUGUACAGUAUUAGCAUCUCUCUCAUUUCAGUGCCCUAGUCUUCAUUUAAUGUGUACAUCAAAUAUGGGUCUCUACUUUCUGAACAGAAGCUCUAAGAAAUAAAGGUUUUUUUUUUUUGGUGCAGACAGCAACAGGUCUGUCAUUACACAUAUAAACUCACAGACACAGGCACCACUGCUCUUUACUUUAUCACAUAAACUGCAUUUUUGCAGUCUUAUCUCUCAGCUUUCAUCACAAGAACGGUUGUUGUAAAUCCAUGCCACAGGAAAUGAAGUUUCCUGCUCGUUUACCAGUCAUUUCCUCUGUAGAUACACACAGCCUGUAUUUAUUGGGAUGACGGUGAAGAUUGUAAAGUCAGUCUCUGACAGGAGGACCUCUGGUUUAGAAGCUCAGCAAUGUGGAAAUUCAGGUCGACUGUUUUAUGACAAAAGUCCCCUAUUUGCCUUAAAGGCGUCCUGUAGUUUGCUCCUCAGAGAGUCCCAGAAGGGAACAUUCAUGUUGUUGUUUUUUAAUGUUUUGGCUGUGUUGCCAUGACCACGGUCAGAAAUUAAACUGUUUAAAGAUCAAUUUC